AUGUGGUAAGUCCAGUCCCGUGGUGCUAUACAGAACUCACUUCACUAACACGCACCUCAGCAAACACAUUCUUAACGCCCAAGUCUCCAUCCGCUCCCCCUGUUGCCGUCAAUGGUUUGACUGUGCGGAAUGCCACGCCGAAACCCAGGACCACCGCCUCAAGCAAACCCUGGAAAUGACCUUCGCGUGCAAGAAAUGCAAGAAAUGCUUCCGUAAAGACAUGAACGAGUUCGAAGAUAGCGACGAAUACUGCCCGCACUGUGACAACCACUUCGUGAUCGAAGCAAGGGAGCCAAAGGCGAGAUUGGAAGUCGAGGGUGAGGAUGUGCGGAAGGAUGCGCGGAUGCUGAAGGACGAGCGCGUAAAGCCCAAGGAGGACUUUUCGAUCUGGGAUGAUGAAGGAGACGCUUCGAGGUUGGGAUGA